AUGCAACAACAAGAAGAUCCCCAGGGCAAGCCACUGGCACCUGUUCAAGAUUAUCCAAGAAGCGACAUGGAGUUCGGGGGAAUUAAACCCAAAUCUUUACGCCGAGAAGAAAAAAGCAGUAAAUGUCUCGUUUACGUUCUCACCAUCACGGUCGUCCUAGGAACCAUUCUUUUGACAUUCGGAAGUAUCUUUUUACGUCCUAGAACACCCGGUUUCAAGUUCCGAUCGGUUCAGGUUAGAAAUCUCAAGUACGUAACUAAUUCAACGUCUCCGUCCUUCAACUUCACACUUAUAACGCAGAUCGCUGUUGAGAACACCAAUUUUGGAGACUUCCGGUUCGACAACACGACCGGGAGUGUUUCGUGUGGUUUGGUAGUCGUCGGAGAGUUCAAGAUACCUACCGGGAGAGCUCAAGCUAGGAAAACCGAGCGGUUGAAUGUUUCGGUUGAUGUGAGCUCGAUUCGGGUACCGAACACCACGAGCUUAAGCGGUAAUAUAAGUUCUGGGAUUUUAGAGCUGAGCAGCCAUGUGAAAUUGAGUGGGAAAUUGAAUAUUAUGAACAUAAUGAAGAGAAGAAGGCACCCUGAGAUGACUUGCUUCAUGAAACUUAAUUUGACGGGGAGUUCCGUACAUGAUUUAACAUGCGACUGA